AGAAUUUUGAAACAUUUCAAGCAAAAGAUUGGACCAAAAAUAAGGGCGUCUGCCAAGUUUGUUGAGUUUGACUUUUCAGUGCAUUGUUGUUGAUGACAUCCGUUUCUGGUGACUUGGGUUAUGCUACAACAUGGCUACCGAGAAAGUUACACUCGCCGAUGCGUUAUCUAACGUUGAAGUGCUAGAUGAAUUGCCACUUCCAGAUCAACAACCAUGUAUCGAAGCUCAGGCUUGUUCAGUUAUUUAUCAAGCAAACUUUGAUACCAAUUUUGAAGAUCGAACUGCCUUUGUAACAGGAGUUGCGAAAUACAUAGAAGAGGCAACUGUUCACGCAAGCCUGAAUGAUAUGCUUCAAGAAGGUCAAGAGCAUGCUGUAAUGCUGUACACUUGGAGAUGCUGUUCAAGAGCAAUUCCGCAGCCUAAGUCAAAUGAACAACCCAACAGAGUUGAGAUAUACGAAAAAACAGUUCAGGUCCUGGCUCCAGAAGUCAACAAGCUGUUAAAUUUCAUGUAUUUUCAAAGAAAAGCAAUCGAGCGCUUCAGUGCAGAAGUGAAACGACUUUCCCAUACGGAAAAGCGUAAAGAUUUUGUUUCUGAAGCUUAUCUUCUAACUUUGGGAAAAUUCAUUAAUAUGUUUGCUGUUCUGGAUGAAUUGAAAAACAUGAAGUCUAGUGUAAAAAACGAUUACUCUGCUUACCGCAGAGCUGCCCAGUUCCUUAAGGUGAUGACAGAUCAGCAAGCGUUACAAGAAUCCCAAAAUCUGUCGAUGUUUCUAGCUACCCAAAACAAAAUUCGCGAUUCACUUAAAGAAGCUCUCGAAAAAAUUCCAUCUUAUGAGGAGUUGCUUGCCGAUGUAAUCAACUUGGCCGUUCAUAUGCUGGAAACUCGCAUGUACCUUCUUCCGGAAGAAAAACAUAUGCUGGUCAAAGUUCUCGGUUUUGGAUUGUUUCUCAUGGAUUCUGAAAUAUGUCAGAUAAACAUUUCCAAACUAGAUCACAAAAAGCGAAUUAGACUCGACAAAAUCGACAAAAUUUUUAAAAAUCUGGAGGUUGUCCCUCUGUUUGGUGACAUGCAAAUUGCUCCAUUUAAUUAUAUCAAGCGGUCAAAAACCUACGAUGCUUCACGAUGGCCCUUGUGUGGUGCAACUCUGCCUUCACCUCAGGCUGAUUUAAUGGUUCAUUUGCCACAAAUCCGUGAAGAUCACGUUAAAUUUACGAGCGAACUGGCACGCUAUAGCAACGAAGUCACAACUACUUAUAAAGAAACGCGCUCCCCGGAGGAGAUGAAAGAAAUGAUGGAGCUUGCUCUUCGUGGGCUACAGCUGCUGUCUGAAUGGACCAGCAUAGUUACUGAACUUUAUUCUUGGAAGCUCCUGCAUCCUACAGACCAUCACCAGAAUAAAGACUGCCCCGCAGAAGCAGAAGAAUAUGAACGCGCUACCCGAUACAAUUACACCGAAGAGGAGAAAUUUGCUCUCAUUGAAAUCAUUGCCAUGAUAAAGGGAUUACAAGUUCUCAUGGCCAGAAUGGAAACGGUAUUUGCGGACGCUAUACGUCGACAUGUCUACGCUGAAUUACAAGAUUUUGUUCAGCUUAGUUUGCGUGAGCCCCUGAGAAAGGCAAUCAAAAAUAAGAAAGACUUAAUUCGCAGCAUUAUCGUCUCAGUCCGAGAAACCUGUGCGGAUUGGAUUAGAGGCACUGAGCCACAGGACGACCCAGCUACUAAAGGGAAAAAAGAUCCUGAUAAUGGGUUUGAUAUUCAAGUUCCACGACGAAAUGUUGGACCUUCUUCGACCCAACUUUACAUGGUUCGCACUAUGCUAGAGUCGUUAAUAGCUGACAAAUCUGGUGGAAAGCGAACGCUACGUAAAGACAUUGAUGGAUCAUACCUUAUGGCAAUCGACCAAUUUCAUAAAAAUUCUUUUUUCUGGAACUAUUUGCUCAAUUUCAACGAAACACUGCAACAAUCGUGCGACCUUUCACAACUUUGGUAUCGAGAAUUUUAUCUUGAGAUGACAAUGGGCAAAAGGAUUCAGAAAUGUUGCGUGAAACAUCAACACAACGAGGAGUGCAAAGACGUGGUCACACUGGAGAAAAGGAUUCAGUUUCCUAUCGACAUGUCGAUGCCUUGGAUCCUGACUGAUCAUAUUUUGCGUACGAAGGAGCCUUCUAUGAUGGAGUGCGUACUUUUCCCCCUUGAUCUCUAUAACGAUUCGGCUCAUUAUGCGCUGACCGUUUUCCGCAAACAGUUUUUGUACGACGAAGUUGAAGCUGAAGUCAAUCUGUGUUUCGAUCAGUUCGUCUAUAAGCUGAGCGAACAAAUUUUCGCCUACUACAAACACCUUGCUGGCAGCAUCAUGCUGGACAAACGAUUUCGUGCUGAGUGUGCCGCAUUAGGUACGCGCUUUACCUACCCUCCUGCCAAUCGUUACGAAACUCUGAUGAAACAACGCCACGUUCAGUUGUUGGGACGUUCAAUUGAUUUAAAUCGAUUAAUAUCUCAAAGAGUUAACGCUGCACUUCUUAAGGCACUCGAGCUAUCGGUUGCACGUUUUGAAGGUGGAGAUAUCACCGGUGUAGUAGAAUUAAGCGGUCUCCUAGACGUGAACCGAUUAACUCACAAAUUGUUGAGCAGUAACCUUGCGAUGGAUGAUUUCGACGCUAUGUGGAGAGAAGCCAAUCAUAACGUUCUGGCACCCUAUGGCCGAGUGACGCUACACGUCUUCUGGGAACUCAACUACGAUUUCUUACCCACUUAUUGCUAUAAUGCCGCAACAGGGCGCUUCAUCAAGUGCCGAGACCUACUUUUCAGUCAGCCUGUUCACCGAGAUAAACCACCUCAAACGCCUUACCAUUAUCUUUGGGGCAGUAAGGCGCUCAACAUCGCGAAUGGAAACAUCUUCAAUCAAUAUUCCGGAUUUGUGGGUGCACCACAUUUUAAGGCUAUUUCAAAUCUUUUGGGUUACCAGGGCAUCGCCGUAGUCAUGGAAGAGAUCCUCAAGAUAAUCAAAUCGUUAGUACAGGGAAACAUUUUACAAUUCACCAAAACCCUAAUGCAGGCGAUGCCAAAACAGUGCAAAAUGCCUCGUUACGAUUACGGAUCAACUGGUGUCUUGGGAUAUUAUCAGGCCCAACUGAAUGACAUUGUUCAAUACCCUGAUGCGAGGACGGAAUUAUUUCAUAAUUUCCGAGAAUUCGGGAACGCGCUGAUAUUUUGUCUUCUGAUUGAACAAGCAAUGUCACAGGAGGAAGUUUGCGAUCUACUUCAGGCAGCGCCUUUUCAAAAUAUUCUUCCAAGACCGUUCGUUAAAGAGGGCGAAAAAUUGGAAGCCAAGCAGAAAAAACUGGAGAACAAGUAUGCGGCAUUGCAAAUUGUCGCCAACAUAGAAAAGCUGGGCACCGCCAAGCAAACCUUGAUUGCACGGGAGGGAGAUCUUUUAACCAGAGAACGUCUUUGCUGUGGUCUUUCUGUCUUCGAAAUGGUGCUCAAUCGCAUCCGCACCUUUUUAGACGAUCCAAUUUGGACGGGUCCUGUUCCUGUCAAUGGCGUCCUAACGGUCGACGAGUGUACAGAAUUUCACCGACUAUGGUCAGCUUUGCAGUUUGUGUAUUGCAUUCCUGUUGGCGAAAACGAAUUUACCGUUGAACAGCUUUUCGGCGAAGGACUUCACUGGGCUGGAUGCACUAUGAUUGCCUUGCUUGGACAACAACGAAGAUUCGAGGCACUGGAUUUCUGUUAUCAUAUUUUGCGCGUACAACGCGUCGAUAACAAAGACGAAACUGUGAAGGGUAUUCAACUAAAGCGAUUGGUUGAUCGAAUUCGCCGCUUUCAAGUCUUGAAUUCACAAGUCUUCGCUACGCUAAACAAAUAUUUAAAAACGAGCUCGGGUGAUGUAGAUUCUCAACCGGUGGAGCAUGUGCGUUGUUUUCAGCCUCCCAUACAUCACUCUCUUGCAGUGAAUCAGGGUCAUUAUUAUCGACCUGACCAACUACUUCGUCAGUCCAUGAAUGUAGCCAACACUUCUGGGAUAAUUGCAAACUUGACGCUAGAACAGCACUGAGCAUUUUAAUUCGUCUAUACAUUACUUGUUUUGUCUUAUCUAAUUUCAUUCAGGUUACGAAAUAUUAUGAAAUCAUUUCCCAAUCACUUUACAUCCUUUAAAGAAACCUUCAUUGCAACGAUGUUUUCACCAUAAUUUCUAUAUGCCUUAGAUCAGUUAGACGUUGCCCGUUGCGAUUGUAUUAGUCCCGACUUCUUAAAUACACCAUUCACGUAAAGAUGUUAAAA